CAGAGCGAGCGGGCCCAGUGCUGUGAAAAUGGCGGCCAGCAUUGCCGGUGUGUUCACUGACGAUCUCAAACAUGCUAUUGAAAGUUGUAAGAUCCUUGUUGUCGGCGCCGGCGGGAUUGGAUGUGAAAUUCUUAAGAACCUCGUCUUGUCUGGUUUCAAAGAUAUCGAAAUCAUUGAUUUGGACACCAUCGAUGUGAGCAAUCUGAACAGACAAUUUCUCUUUCAAAAGCAACAUGUUGGCAAGUCCAAAGCGCAAGUCGCUCGCGAGAGUGCUCUCAGCUUCAACCCUGAUGUCAACAUUGUGGCCCAUCAUGACAGUGUCAUGAAGCCUGAAUAUAGUGUAAACUACUUCAAGCAGUUUAAGAUGGUAUUGAAUGCCUUAGACAAUAGAGCUGCUCGUAAUCAUGUGAAUCGAAUGUGCCUUGCUGCCGACAUUCCUUUGAUUGAAAGUGGAACAGCUGGAUAUGAUGGACAGGUGGAAUUGAUCAAGAAAGGGAUGACCAAGUGUUACGAGUGUGAGCCAAAGGCCGCUCAGAAAACUUUCCCAGGGUGUACAAUUCGCAACACUCCUUCUGAACCUAUUCAUUGCAUUGUUUGGGGUAAACAUCUCUUCAAUCAAUUGUUUGGAGAAUACGAUGCCGACAAUGAUGUUUCUCCAGACACUGAAGAUCCAGAAGCUGCUGGUUCAGCUGGAGAGUCCGCAGCUAAAGGCAAAGCUAAUGAAAAGGGUGACAUUGAGCGAGUCACUACAAGGCAGUGGGCCCAGCAGAGUGGUUAUGACAGCUCAAAGCUUUUCCACAAACUCUUUCAUGAUGAUAUUGACUACCUUCUUAGUAUGCACAAUCUGUGGGAGAAACGUCGCAAGCCCACUCCUCUGAAAAUGGACCAACUUCCGGAUGCUGUUGCAGGUAGCAGCAAAGAUAAUCCUGCUGAAGGACUCAAGGAUCAACGUCCAUGGAGUAUUGUAGAGUGUGCCCAAAUUUUUUCUCGCAGUCUCAAGGAGCUAAAGAAUAAAUUUGAGGAUCUUCAAUCGAAAAACAAGGAUGAUCACUUAGUUUGGGACAAAGAUGACAAAGAUGCCAUGGACUUUGUGGCUGCCUGUGCCAACAUAAGAGCAUACAUUUUUGGCAUUGCCCAGAAGACAAGGUUUGAUAUCAAAUCUAUGGCUGGCAACAUCAUCCCUGCCAUUGCGACAACCAAUGCAAUCAUUGCUGGUCUGGUUGUACUUAAUUCGUUCAAUGUGCUGCGAGAUCAGCUAGAAAGCUGUCAUUCAGUUUAUUGCCGGUUAAAACCAAAUCAUAGAGGGCAGCUCAUUGUUCCAGAACGGGGUCUAAAUCCUCCCAAUGAAAAAUGCUAUGUGUGUCGUGAUUCUCCUCAGAUUUCAGUUUGUGUAGAUGUUAACAAACUAACAGUGAAAGAAUUGGAAGAGCGAGUGUUGAAGUCUUUACUGAAUAUGGUGCAGCCAGACGCUGUUAAAGACUCAACAGGGGAUGUUAUCAUCAGCAGUGAGGAGGGGGAAAUGGAUGGAAUCCAUCACAAAACUCUUGCAGAAAUGGGAAUUUUGGAUGGCUCUGUCCUUUCAGUUGAUGACUUUGUUCAGACUUAUAGCUUGAAAGUUAUUGUGAAUCACAGGGAAGCUGAGCAUAACAAACCGGACAUAGAGCUUAUUGGUGAUCAAAGUAAAUGUCAGCCCAAGGAGGAGGGAGAAAAGACCAAUGGGGCAUCAGGUGAUAAGGCUGCAGAAGAGGAGGAUGACCUUAUGUUGAUAGAUGAAAUCAAUGAAACACCUUCAACUAGUGAUCGUAAGCGAAAGCAAGACCCAUCAGAAGAAAGCCCAGCAUCUAAGAAGUUGCGUGCUGCUGGUGCAGUUGAUCAUGAUAUCAUUGUCCUGUGAGACUUUUACAGCAUUUGAAUUUUGCCAUGUGAGUGCAACUUUUCAAAUACUUUUAAUGCUCUCUUGCGACUGCAUUUUUUUCUGUUACAUUCUUUUUCAUAUAAUUGCAGAUCUGACGUUUUUAUUCUUUUGGUUUUCCUUCCUCACUCAUUCUUAUUGUUAAAAAUAAAGCUACACGGCAGCAUGUUGCUAUCAUGAUAUUGCUUGCACUUAUUUAUGCCCUCCUGAGGGUUAGUAAUCAGAGUGAAAUCUUGUUUUGUUUUAUUAAGAAAGCCUCAAUAAAUUACCUUAGUACUGAAGA